GACUGACACGCUACGGGCCUCUUGUGGCUUCGCCUCAAAUUGUUCAGGAGCUCGCAUUCUGGAUGAAAUCAAGAUGUCUCAUUUGGUCGAGAUCUGUUUCUUCAGGUCCUCCUGCGUUCCCGCAGAUGCCACUCUACAUCUACGGAUGGCAGCAAUUCGUCGACUAUAAGUGGAGUGCAAAUACAGCGCCUGAUCCCUGUCGUCGGUUGCUGAUGAUGUCGCGAUACAUUCGACGUGAACACUUCACGGCCCGCUUUUUAUGUGUUACAUUUGUUUCGCCCCGAUGGAUCUUAGUCAUUGUCGUCUCUAUGAUGAGCCACAACGGCAAACUUGCAUUUCACCUCCACCAUUCAGAAGAUAGAAAAUACCUGAAGUUUCCUAGAACCCCGGUCGGACGCCGAGUUUCAGCCCACUAAGUGCAGUCUAUGUACGCUUCCUCUAUUCCAAAUAACGUGUACACAUGCCUUCCCGAGGGACAUUCGGCGAUCGUGCUCACAAUGUCUACCGGUUGACCACCAAUGGAAAAUUGGCUCUGCUCUCUCUCCCACUGAAUCACGCAACAGUAGAUCAUAUCUCCGCCUUUCAAUCUGCCCUGAAUAGCUUCACUCUACUCACCAAGGUCGAUCUCCACUGCUACAGGAAUUCGUCACCAUUUAACCCGAAACUACCUAGUCCUUGUGUACCUACAGAACUCUCGGGGAUUGCCAGGUUAUUCAUUCUGGUUUUAGAUCCUCAAAUACAUGCUUGCUUCGACAACAUCUAUCGCGCGUUGACAACGCCUCUUCUAUCGCGUCGGGCAGAUACAACAGAAAUUAUGGAGGGAGGCUUACCUGCCCGCAGGGUUAGCAUCCGCGGAAGAUGUUUCUUACAAUACAACGACCUUUGAAUG